AUGUCGGAGUCACCUCGCCAUGACGAUGCCUCCUAUGAACUCCUAGGCCGCCAGAACAGCUGGGACGGCAACGACGAAACCCUCGUCCCGCGCAAUUCGGGCGAGCCAUCCGCCCCCUCCCAUCCCGAAGGCGAACCUCCGGCUGCUGCAACAACAACAGAGGAGGGCGGCCCUAAUGAAACCACCAGACCCGCGCGCGUUCGAUUUCGCUCCGUCAGUAACAACAAUGAGACGGUGCCGGAACGCCCGCCCAUGCCGCGCGGGGAUUCCGAAUACUCCCUGCGCUCAGUGCAUUCCUUCGUCCCCACGACCGCUCAAUCGACCGAUCUGGCCGACUAUUUCGAACGCGACUACGCGCAGGAACAUGAUCCGGUAGAGAGAGAAGGCAACGAUGCAGAGAAACGCUCCUCGCCCACCGCCAAUGAAUCUCGAGACACCUCCCUCGACAAAGAUGAGUCGCAACAACCCAUCUCCGCCAAGGACCGCUGGAGGAACGCCAGCAAAUUGCUUCGCCAGAAGACCGUGCUCUUGGGUGAACGCCUCGGUCGACCGCUGGAUGAUGUAGGUGACUUGGGUGCCGCCAUGUUGCCCGAUGAUCUGGAGGGCGGCUAUCCUCCCCGCCGCAGGGGUGAUGAGAAGGAGCCUCUCGAUCCCCAUGGCCGUAAUGACGAGCCGCCUCCCCCGCCGAGUGCCGAAGCCCAUCGCCUGGUUCGCAGCAUGACCCAACAUAACAUGCAUCAACGCCGGAAGCCCAAGUCGGCCUAUGCCAAGUCGGGACAGGAGACGCCCGAUGGACUGGGUCGUCCGGACUCGUGGUACGGAGCUGGCACUCCGGGUGGUCGCGGCGGUGGUGGUAUCCUCUCGCAGCUGCUCAAAUUACACGCCCAGCAGCAGGCCAACCGGGACAAUAUGUCCAUGACCGACUCCUCGGAUAACGAGUCCGUGGCAUCCUCCGGCACCGCCACGCCUCGGAGAGACUUUUCCGCGGGCACCUUCUCCUCUGGAACGGCGACGCCCAAGAAAGAGAAGGUCAAGUGGUACAAGAAGUCGAGUCAUCAGUCCACCGCUUCCCUGGUGGAGGCGUCGAUGAACCUCAGCCGAGCGAGUUUGCCUGCCUCGGCAGACACUCUGGUGAACAUUCCUAACAAGAAGAAGGGCAAGAAGAAGCGCAAGACCCGCCUCGAGGACGAGAUCCGCGUGACGGUGCACAUUGCUGAGAUUCUGGCCCGCCAACGAUACAUCAUGCAGCUCUGCCGAGCGCUCAUGCGCUAUGGUGCGCCCACUCACCGUCUCGAGGAGUACAUGCAGAUGACGGCUCGUGUUCUCGAGGUCGAAGGGCAGUUCUUGUACCUACCCGGGUGCAUGAUCAUGUCUUUUGACGAUCCGGCUACGCGUACGGCCGAGGUCAAGCUGGUCCGUGUGGUGCAGGGAGUCGAUCUGGGUCGCUUGGCGGAAACGCACAAUGUCUACAAGAACGUCGUUCACGACAUGAUCGGGGUGGAGGAGGCCAUCCAGGAGCUUGAUCUGAUCAUGAAGCGGCCCCCGCGGUUCAAUAAGUGGAUUCUGGUGGUCACCUACGGAUUGGCGAGUGUUGCCGUCGGCCCUUUUGCCUUUGACGCCCGCCCCAUCGAUAUGCCUAUUAUCUUCUUCCUCGGAUGCUUGGUCGGCUUCAUGCAACACGUGCUGGCGCCCCGGUCGGUGCUGUACUCCAACGUGUUUGAAGUCACGGCAGCCAUCUUGACGUCGUUCCUGGCGCGAGCCUUUGGUUCCAUUUAUGCCACCGUCGAUGGGACGCACGAGCGUCUGUUCUGUUUCUCCGCCUUGGCUCAGUCCUCGAUCGCUUUGAUCCUACCGGGUUUCAUGGUCCUGUGCAGCAGUCUGGAACUGCAGUCGCAUCAGAUGAUUGCCGGUUCAAUCCGCAUGGUCUAUUCCAUUAUCUACUCCAUGUUCCUCGGCUAUGGCAUCACGGUCGGCACUACCAUCUACGGGCUGAUUGACGGCAACGCGGCCUCGUCCACAACCUGCAAAAACGAGGACGUGUGGGGAAGCAAGUACAUUCAGCAUUUUAUCUUUGUUCCGAUCUAUGUGAUUUUCUUAGCCAUCAUCAAUCAGGGCAAGUGGAAGCAAGUGCCCGUGAUGAUCGUCAUUGCCGUCUGCGGCUACGUGACCAACUACUUCAGCACCCUCAAGCUGGGCUCCAACUCCGAGGUGGCCAACACGGUCGGAGCCUUCACCAUCGGUCUUUUGGGUAAUUUGUACAGUCGGCUGUGGCACGGACACGCCGCCACAGCUAUUCUUCCGGGUAUUUUCGUGCUGGUGCCGUCUGGCUUGGCAUCCAGUGGUUCCUUGCUGGCCGGUAUCCAGUAUGCCGACGAGGUGCGCGACAACCUGCGAUCGGGAAACACGACAGCGACCGACAGCACCACAGACUCGUCGAUUGCCAGUCUGGGUUUCGGUAUGAUCCAGGUCGCCAUUGGCAUUACGGUGGGAUUGUUCGUGUCUGCCUUGAUCGUUUAUCCCUUCGGCAAGCGUCGCAGUGGUCUGUUCAGUUUCUAG